AUGCAAAUUGAAUGCCUUGAUGAUGGUGGUAUAUUUAUACACCAGGAAGCUUACUGUAAGAAAAUUUUGAAUAGGUUUGAAAUGAAUGAGUGCAAUUCAGUAAGUACUCCAAUGGAAAAAGGUAGUAUUACCACUGAUCAAUCAGAACCCCUCCCAGCUGUUGUGCCUUAUCGUGAAGCUAUUGAUAGCUUGAUGUUCUUAGCAAUUGUUUCCAGGCCUGAUAUAUCGUAUGCAAUUGGAGUGUUAUCUCAGGUCUUAGACAAGCCUCAGCAGGUGCACUGGAAUAUGACCAAAAGAAUUAAACGUUACCUGAAAGGAACUGAAAAAUGUGGGAUUCUGUUCCAAAGUAAGAAAGAUUCUCAGAUUACUCUUCAGUGUUAUACUAACUCUGAUUAUGCAGGAGAUCCUCUUUCGAGAAGAUCCACUUCAGGAAUGAUUUUCCUAUCUAAUGGUGGUGCUGUUUCAUGGAGGAGCCAACGACAAAACUGCAUUGCUCUUUCAACUACUGAAGCUGAAUUUGUUGCAGCUAGUCAAGCUGCAAAGGUGGCCAUUUGGUUAGGUAAUCUUUUAAGAGAAUUACAGUGUAUUUCUACAAUACCAGUCCUACAAAUGAACAACCCAAAGUGCUAUGAGAUUAGUGAAAAACCCUGA